CAGCCUUGACAGACUUCACAUCUCCAGCGGCACAGAAACACACCCGUCAGCAGCGCGCACUGGAAGGACAAAGGAAAUAUGGAUACGCUGGAGAGGAUCCACCUCAGCCCGUGCACACUAUGGAUGAGACGCGUGUGUUUCAUUCACCGGGAGAUCAAUUAGUCCUCCUUAAUGAGGUGCUGGGAUGCAAGAUACUGCAAGCUGAAGAGGCGGAAGGCUGCGUUUAAUGCGUCUGCGGAUCCUAUGAGCUUGCAAUGGCUGUAACGGGGAAAUGCAUCUGGAUUGGGAAUAAUGUGCCUUUUUAUUUUGUGAUAUUUUCCUUAUUUUGUGGCCUUUCGUUCGGGCAAUUGCGAUACUCUAUUUCUGAAGAACUAGAAAAUGGGGCACUGGUCGGUGAUCUGGCGCAUGACUUGGGGCUGGAUAUUCGCAAGCUCUCCACUCGAAAAAUUAAGAUAACCUCCAACAGCGGGAAGCGCUACGUGAUUGUCAAUCCCAAAAAUGGGAAAUUACUUGUCAACGACAGGAUCGACAGAGAGGCACUGUGCGAUAUGUCCAGCACCUGUCUCAUUAAUCUGGAGGUGCUGAUCGAAAACCCCACUGAGGUGCACCACGUCGAGGUGGAUGUAGUGGACACCAAUGAUAAUGCGCCUCAGUUCCCCAGCGACGAAUAUCAACUGGAAAUCACAGAGUCUGCUUUACCAGGCUCUCGUUACCAAAUCGAAUUAGCCCAGGACCCAGACAUUGGGUCCAAUUCAGUUCGUAUGUAUCAGCUCAGCACAAAUGACCAUUUUGCGCUUGUAUCCAACAAACCCUCCAUAAAUAUAAAGCACAUUGAGCUUGUGCUCAAAAAGCCCCUCGAUCGGGAGCAGACACCUUAUCACCAGUUGAUUUUAAGUGCUGUGGAUGGUGGGACACCAGAGAAGUCGGGAUCUGCUAAAAUCAACAUCCGUGUCCUCGAUUCAAAUGAUAAUGUUCCCUUGUUUGACAGCUCUGUGUACAAGGUGAAACUGCUGGAAAAUUCACCCAAAGACACCUUGGUCAUUAAAUUGAAUGCCACUGAUCUGGAUGAGGGCACAAAUGGGGAGGUUUACUACUCAUUCAGCAGCUAUACUCCAGAGAGAGUGAGGCAGAUGUUCAGCAUGGACACUAAUUCAGGAGAAAUAAGAGUGAGGAGCAAUGUUGACUAUGAGGAGACCAACUCCUAUGAGAUGUACAUCCAGGCAAUGGAUAAGGGACCUGGGGCCGUGGCAGCACACUGCAAGGUAGUGGUGGAAGUGGUGGACGUGAACGACAAUGUACCUCAGAUCGUGUUGUCAUCCUUAUCGAGCCCUGUGAGGGAGGACGCCCGUGCAGACACGGUCGUAGCCCUCAUUAGUGUCACCGAUCGAGACUCUGGCACCAACAAGCAGGUGAGCCUGGAGAUCCCUGCAGGCCUUCCUUUCAAGAUCAAGUCAUUCAGAAAUUACUACACUCUGGUUACCUCAGCCUUCCUGGACCGCGAGACCGUUGAUGCCUACAAUGUCACUCUGAGUGCCACAGAUGGAGGAAAUCCUCCUCUCUCGUCCCAGAAGACCAUACACGUGGACGUGGCUGAUGUUAAUGACAACCCACCACGAUUUGAGCAGACUUCGUACACAGUCUACGUGGGUGAGAACAAUGCCCCUGGGGCCUCUUUGUGUACUGUGAAAGCUCAAGACGCAGACAUCAAGGAGAAUGCACGCAUUACCUACACAGUGCUCAAUGACAACAACCACGGCAUCCCUGUCACCUCCUAUGUGUCUGUGAAGGCCGAUACCGGGGAGGCUUAUGCCCUGCGAGCCUUCGACUAUGAGUCUCUAAGGGAGUUUCACUUCCAGGUCAAAGCCCAAGAUGGGGGCAUUCCUCCACUCAGCCGCGUUGCCACAGUCUACAUCUAUAUAAUGGAUCAGAAUGACCAUGCACCACUGAUAGUCAACCCUCCUGGCAACGGCACGCGCUCGUUGGAGACGGUGCAAAAGAAUGCAGAGCCUGGUGCCUUGGUGACCAAAGUAGUAGCCUAUGACGCCGAUGCCGGUCCUAACGCCUGGAUGGUGUACAUGUUGGAGACGGCCACUGACCUGGACUUGUUCAAGGUCCAUGAACACACCGGUGAGAUCAGAACCACGCGCAGGAUCCUGGAGGACAAUUCCACCUCGUUUGCUCUAACUGUCCUGGUGAAAGACCAUGGGCAGCCAGCUCUCUCGUCCACUGCCACCAUCAACGUGGCGGUCAUGGAGGUGCCGCCCAAAGUGGUUCCUGACCCCAAGAAGAUCGUGCGACCUCACAGCACACUGCUGUUCUCCAACGUGACCCUCUACUUGAUUGUGGCUUUGAGCGCCACCACCUUUGUUUUCCUGGUCACUGUGGUGGUGCUGGCUAUUGUCCGCUGUCACGCAUACUGCACCCAGCCAGGUUCUUGCUCCCCUUGCUGUGUGUCACAGAAGCCCCCUCCAGAUGGUGGGAACAACAGCGUCAGUGCAGGCGGAGGAGGCAACAGUGCGGCCGGGGGUCAGCCUAAUAACAACGUGGUGCUCCGUAGGGACCUCAAAGUGGAGCCUCACUACAUCGAAGUGCGGGGGAACGGCUCCCUGACAAAGACUUACUGCUACAAGACCUGUCUGACCGCCACCUCCGGCAGUGACACGUUCAUGUUCUACAACACCGGACGUCCCAUCAGUGGCACCUGGGGCAGCGGUGCUGACCGCUUCUUCACCAGUGGAAGUGGAUUUGUACGCAGACUGAGCAUGCCUGAUGCCUCGCUGCAACUCUGUCCAGAGCCAAAAGCUCCAAAUGCUGACUGGCGAUAUUCCGCAUCUCUGAGGGCAGGGGUGCAAAGUUCGGUCCACAUGGAGGAAGCCUCAAUGAUGCAGGGCGCCCAGGGGAUGCUUGUCCAGAACUGGCCCACUGUUUCCAGUGCUGCAGAUGGAGAGGGUGGUGGAGAGCUUUCACCCCCAGUUGGUGCUGGAGUCGACAGCAACAGCUGGCACUUCAGAUACGGUGCUGGACAAAGCUAUGGUCCCCCCCAGCCCCUGAAGCCUGGAGAGAUUCCCCCGGAAGCCUUCAUCAUCCCCGGUUCCCCAGCCAUCAUUUCUAUCCGCCAUGAUCAGGGCCCUGUGGAUGACAAGGGUGAAUUCAUAAGCUUUGGCAAAAAAGAUGAGGCCAAGAAGAAGAAAAAGAAGAAGAAGGACAAGAAGGACAAGAAGGAGAAGGGGAAGGAUGACGAGUAGAGGAGAAGGGGUGACUUGAAAACAGAGCGAGUAACAAACUAUCAUCCCAAUUUAAGAGCCCUGAAAAAUUAUCUAAAUGCUUAUGAGCCUCUUUGCACCAUAUUUGCAUAGACAUUGUACAGCGGCCAUACCCUCAUUAGACCAGGCCCCCUCACCAUGCAAGCCGAGUUUAUUGGCUCAUUUGGCCCUUAACUUUGGCCAAAGUUUAUGGAACACAAAUGUCCUUAGCAGAUAGACCUCAAAACAGCAAGCAAUUGAUUGGAUUUGAAUAGCCCUGCUGUGAUUCCUGCUUUGCAUACUGAGACACCUUUGUCAGCUGUCUUUAUGCAGGCCCCUUACUUUUUGACUCACUGAUUUGGAGGUGAAUUAGUAAAAUGAAAUAGCCAUUUGUUUUUAGUGUUAUGGAGGCCGUGUGGUCUUUUAUAAGAAAAAGGAACAAAAAAUUAAAAAGUAACAACGUACAGUACACGUACCACGAGAUAAGCACCUUUAAGAGAACAAGGUGGGUGAUGGAAUGAAGAGCUCUGUUUCAGUGUAACAUAGCACAUUUCAGAGGUUUUGGACCUGGACUGGGUUACACCAACUAAGUUUUUUCCCAAGUUAAUGUAUAAAAAGAAGCGACUUUGCGACUGCUAGUUAAUUUGCAGUUAGCAAGUUCGACUGUGCAGUGUAAAGUAAGGGGGGACUUUUAUGACUGUAGCUACAUUAAGAUUUAGGACGAGUAGAUAAUCCGCAGGAGCGCUACCUUGCCGAUUGGUGCGAACUUCUUUGAUUUCUGGCAGAUUCAAAUUAUGAUUGGUAAAAAGAAUCAAAAUUGGACACUUACGGGACCGUGUUUGCAUGUUUUUGUCAAUUUUCUACACGUCAUGUUAAAGCUAGCGUCACUGCUAACUAUAUCAAAGCACAGCAUUGCGUUUUUGGGAAUCUCACACUUCCAGGCAGCAAUUGAACCUCUAUGCACUACCACUUAUAAAGUUAGAUUUGUUAUCACACGAUGAUGUAGCUUGAGUGCAGCUGCAAUUAAGAACUGUCCUCGAUUUACAACGUUGGCAGAAUGAAACACGCAAACAUGGUGGACCACUAGAUAAACAUAGAGGCAGUCAAGAGAGGUCAGUCGUGUGUAGAAAAUGGACACAAACAGACAAAAUCAAAAUAUAGACAAAAUAUGCUGUGUGAAGAAAUUAAUCCUGCUUUACUGUUAGUGAGUGCAAUUGUGUAACUUUGUAUCAUUUGCACCUGCUUUCUUGCUUGCUUACUUAGUUGUUACUCGAGGUUAUGUUGUAAAACUUUUAUUUUUUUGUGGUGCUGCUGCUGCUGCUGCUUCUAUUUUUAGCAAAUGCACGAGUCAGGAUUAGUGGCUAACUAUGGAUAGAACAAGGGAACCUGCGUGCAGCUGAUGCGCCCGGCCCCUGACCUUGACUCUCCUCUCUUGGAAUAUGGCACAGGUCGACGGGGCCUUAAUCCCACUGUGUAUCAGAACACCCAAUCUGACACACACUACCGACACAAACAUCUUUGUACGCAAAUAGGACUUCCUCUUACUCACACACACAAACACACAUACAUACAACGUGAACACACAAAGUAUCCCAAAAGAAUGCACACACCAAAUCCAGGACUGAAGGCUAGCAACACCCUUAAUCUGGGAGUGUAUUAUAUGGCUAAAAUACAGGAACAUUGCUUUUUUUUUUGCUUAAUUUCUGUUAAAGCCUGACCCCUCUUCUUCUCUACAUCUAUGAAUGUUAAAUAGUCAUUCUUCAAGCUCUGCACCACAGCCUCCACUGCUUCAGUGCCAUCUCCUCCCUCUACUCCCAGUUUGUUGCCAUCGUCAAAAUGGUUGGACAUCAUCCCCCUGAAAUCAGUCCCUCAGUGAACUGUGCAGUUGCGACACAGCAACUUUUGUGUAUUUGCCUAUAUAGUAAACACACACACACACACACACGCAAACACACAUCUUUUGUCGUUUGGACCAAGCUUCAGCCAGAGUGUGUAUUUUUGAUUCCUUGUUGUUGACAGCUAUGCCAUCUUUCACAUUGAUUUCCUUUGUGUUUCACCUGACAAGUAAGCCAAAUCUCUGCUGGAUAGAAUGAGACAUGAUGAAGAGGGAGGAAGAACAGUCAGAAAACUCACAAAAAAAAAAGAACAGUCACGGUAGUUGAAUUUGGCAAUUUAGACCUGCUUUUUUCAGGCCUAUUCCUGUCGGCCAUUAGGGAGGCAGGUUCAAUGAAAACCACACACUUAUAGAAUGAAGGGCUGCACAAUAUUGGGAAAACAUGCAAUAUGCAAUAAUGUUGUUGUAACGAUGAUACUACUUGGAAUAAAUAAAUACUUAAGUGGAAUACCUCAAUACCACUGUUUGUGGUUUUGUUGCAUUCCUACUGAUACCAUUAUCAUUCUGAAAGUCUGAUAAAAUUAAAAUUAAAAAAAUACCUUAGCUGUUAAUUUCACUGAAUUUGAUCCAAAAAAAAACCAAAACCAGCGCCAAUGUUUUCUAAAUAUUGUACAGUCUUAAUAGAAAGUGUAGUGGAGCUCAGUAGCAGUGAGAAAGGGGGUGGGGUUGGGGAUUGACUUGGCAGCGUGAUAUAUAUACAUACAGUAUACGGUAUAAUAAAAGCUGCCAAGAUCAUAAACUAAACAUUAUUUUUGCUUAAUUACUGUAAAGUGAUGUGUCAAAAAGUAGCCGUGUUGGCCAAAUCAACUUUAUAGGCAGUGACAUGCCAAGAGCCAGAUCUGACAUAAGAGGCUUUGUGUGUUUUGAGACGUGUACAGCGACCAGUGGAUGGUGGAACAGCAUCAAAGUGUCAUGAAAUCCCACCGCGGUGUUUCUAUGUUUUUUUUUUUUGAUCACAUUUGGGGGUGUAUAGGUGUUGCUGUCAGGCUCAGUCCCACCCAUGCACAUGUUCCUUUCCUCCUCCCUGUCCUUCAGGUGUACUUCUGUGCUGUCAGAUCAACAAGUGGCUGUUUGCAUGUUAUAAGCAAAGGAAACAUAUACUAUAUGGAUAAUAUAUAUAUAUAUAAAUAUACAUAGAUAUGUUUUUCCACCGGGAAAUGCGUAAUGAAGUACAUAUACCUCUGAUACACAUUCUCAAAAGACGACACGCAUCGGACGACCAGACGAUCACUCGUACAAAAGUACUACGUGCAUACAAACAUUGCAAACAGUAAUAUGUGGAAAAACCUUAAAGAAUCACACUUUUUUUAUCCUGUUGAGAAACCAGUUUAAACUUCUAGAUAUACAGUACAUAAUGCUAUUGUGUUAUAAUGCUAAGAGAUGCCUUUGUUUUUAGCCUCCGUACUUUUGCAUUGUAAAAAGAAUCGACUCUUCAACUUGUGUUACGCUUCGAGACCGCGCUCAAAACCCAACACUGUUGUGAAAUAAAACCAUUUCCUCACCCUCCAUAGCUAUUAUUUGCCCAGUAGAGAAACAAAAAGCAAAAAAAAGAAGAAAAAAAAAACGUCAAAAAUAAAUAAAAUGGUGUUAAAAAAUCAAGUUGAUGUAUCCUCUGCUUGUGUAUAGUGAAUGUUCUUCAGUCGUUGGAUGUGGCAUCAAGUGACACGUGCCAGUCGACUGAGACAGUGCAGACCUGUUAAUAAGUUUUUUUGUACACCCUGUUCAUCAUUGUAAAAGGUGAUAAUAGUGAUUCUUUUGAUUUAAUCCAGCUGGUAAUGUGUUUUGUUUAUAAGUCACGAAUAAAGUUUUUCUUAAAUAUCUUA